UAAUGUGGGAUUAAAAUGUACUCUGGUUGAAGGUAUACGCAAAAGUUUGCAGCUGGUCGUUGCCGUCGCAGGAACCAAGUAAAAAGAAAUCGUGUUUUCUUAUUUUCUAGUACCUACUACAGUGAAGAUUGCAAAAGGCUGUGUUUUCCCCAGCAUAGCGUAUGAGAAUGUUAUCUGAUGUGCAGAGGAUUGAAUUAACCUAUUAGAGGAAUACGUGGCUAGAAGAAAGUGGUAUUAUUGGAGAGAAUUUUUUGACAUGACAUCACGUCAUUUACUAAAUCGAUGAUGAUGAUGAUAACAAUGACGGUUGAUACGUGAAGUAUAUGGUGUACAACUUGGAUCCUCGGAUGUAGAGAAGAAACUUUCUGUUUACGUUUCUACACAGAUAAAAUAUAACGUUAAACAGCUGUGUAAAACUUUGUAUAUUCAUACGUGUUAGGAACGACUCGAACUGUCUUGCAAACAACGUUUAGCACUAAUUUAUUAUACAAUAUCCCAAUUUACCGAGAAAAUGCCGGACAGUAUCAACCGAAGCUCGGUUGAUUGGUCUAGAUAUGGUUUGGGAAACGAUGAUUCAUCCCCUACGGAGCGGACCAGAGCCCGAGGCAACACUGGUGGUUUCGUGGAUUUGGGAAACGAGUAUGACUACGGUGCUGGCGGACAUCACGCAUCAGGGCGAGAUGAAAUUUUUGCUGAAGAUCAAGGAGAGAAACCCUGGUGGAGAAGUAACUUUUUCAUUUCACAGCCAGUGCUGUUCGGUACAUGGGAUGGAGUAUUCACCUCCUGCUUGAUCAACAUAUUUGGUGUUAUCGUAUUUCUGCGUUCUGGAUGGAUUGUGGCCGAAGCGGGUAUAAUGCAUGCGGUACUGAUAAUUUUCUGUGCGGUCGCGAUUGCGCUGGUAUCGGUUCUAUCUGCGGUUGGGAUUUGCGAAAGAUGUCGAGUGGAAAGUGGUGGUGUAUAUUUUUUGAUCGCCCACACGCUUGGAUCCAGAUUUGGCGGAUCGCUUGGAUUGCUGUACUGUUUUGGCCAAGCGGUAGGCUGUGCACUAAACGUGUUGGGUUUCGGCGAAUCGAUGGCUGGUCUAGUUGGACUGGAGGGUAACAAGUGGGCGAUCCGUUCAUUUGCGAUUGCGGCGGUGCUGCUGCUUGGAGUUAUAAAUGUAGCGGGAGUAAAAUGGGUUGUUAAGCUGCAAUUUGCUCUGUUAAUCAUCCUACUGAUAUCAGCUCUCAAUUUUAUGGUCGGAAGUUUCACCGGAGAGGAUCCCGAACAUGGCUUUGAUGGCUGGGGCCACGGAAACAUGGCACUUAACUUAUGGCCUGAAUACAGCUCAGGAACAAGCUGGUUUACAGUGUUUGGUGUGUUUUUUCCAACCAUCACGGGUAUCUUGUCCGGCAUAAACAUGAGUGGAGAUUUGCGCGCUCCAUCGACAGAUAUACCGAACGGAACGCUUGCUGCCUUGAGCACAUCGACGUUUUUAUAUAUGGUAUUUAUACUGUUUCUGGGAGCGACCUGUCAAAGGGCUCAUCUCCUAACGGACUUCAUGAUCGCGGCCAAAGUAUCAGCAAUUCCUUUCCUUUUACUGGCCGGUAUCUAUGUUUCAAGCAUGUCUUCAUGUCUAGGCGCAAUGUACGGAACUCCACGAGUGUUGCAAAGCAUUGCCAAUGAGAAUGUAAUUCCUGGAAUCGGUAGACUUGGUAUGGGUCGCGGUCCAAACAAGGUACCCCUGUAUGCCAUGGCUGUGGUAGCUUCGGUGACCACUGCUUUCAUUAUUGUUGGAGACAUCAACACUCUCGCACCAAUCGUCACAAUGCCCUUUCUGUUGACAUAUGCAUGCAUCGAUUAUUCGUACUUUGCACUAGCACAAACUUUUGAUAUACAAAACGCACGAGAGGAACGGUUUCGGAUACAGGCGCAGAGCCCUUUGUAUGAAACAAGAAACUAUGGUGCAGCGGGAGACUAUCAUGACAAUAAUGAUUUGGACCAAUUGUUUCCGGAGCGAACCAGGCAUAAGAACUUAUUGAGUCCUGCCAACUCUCCUCACCAUGUGCCUUCAACAACAGUCAAUGCUGAGCCCAUCGCAAACGGGACGGCUGGCAGCAGUGCUUACCCAAACGGAGGCUUAUCUAAUAGUACGUCCAUCAACAGUGAAGUGAUUUUCCGCGAUGGAACCAACAGCACUGGCACUAACUCGCUACAUCAAGCUGACGAUGAACCAAUUGCGCCUAUUCGUCCACCGAUUCACUCCAAAACGAAAAACUGGUAUUCUGGCUUUUGUAAUCGGUGGGCAUCAUUGUUGGGGGCGGGCAUAAAAGUGUUCGUGAUGAUGCUCGUGAACUGGGUUUUCGCUCUAAUUUGUAUGGUCACCGUAUUCGUGGUAUGGUUUUACGUAGGAACUGCGAAUCCUGCUGUCAAACCUGGACUGGCUCACGAGUUCCGUUUUUUCAUUUGGCUGAAAAACGGUGUUUUCAGAUGUUUCGGUAAACGAGUUCACGACUACGAGCAAGUGGUAGUAACGCCGUCCUGUCCAAAUGUUCCGUUAGCAGCGGCUCAAUUAAACGAAGAGAACGAAGACUUUGCCUCUCGACGACGGUAUCAUCAGUCGGCUGUGGUUCAUGGACAAUACGUGGACGACGUGUGAAUACCAAGCAACGGAUUAGUCGGCCCUACUCAGUUGAAAAAAAGAGAACACAAUCGUUCAACACACGUAACACACUGAGCAUUACUUUUUUCCGCAGUAGUUAGAAAGCUAGAAACAAUAUUUGUACAUUUAUACAUAGAUACAGAACAAAAAUUCGUCGGUUGACCACCAAAGCAAACUAAUAGUCUGACGCGACAACUUAAGUAAAAAGUAUUUAAAGUAAAAUCAAAACAAUGGUCACAGAAGAAUAAAAAAAACUUUUUAGUUACGAAAGUCACGCGCAAUCUUUAAGCAAUAAGUGUGAGAUAUUGGUCAAGUACCGCCGUCUAUUCGUUUAAAGUUCUGCUUUUGUAAAUAUCGUAUUUUUCCUAGUAACGUCCUUAGUUUACGGAAAAAAAUAUUUAUCAAGAUGACGGUUAUUUAAACUAUUCUACGUACCACUAAUUACUAAUACCAGUGUACUAAAAACUAAAUUUGUUGAGAUUCGCAGCUGGAUUAAUUUAUAGUCUUAUCUAGUUUUAUAAACGCAUAUCUGUAAAACACUCAAGUGUUGAUAAUAUUAAGAAGAAACAACUGUUUAAUACACUUAUACAACAUGUACGUUUCCAGCAUUUAACAAACACUGUAUGAUUAUAUUAUCCAAGAUAAUUGAUUUUCAUAUCAAUUGUGAUGUGAUAUGAAAUUCAUCCUUCAAAACUUUGUUGUUGUCCCUCAAUUUAAACCAUUCCUUUUUAUAAAAGUGUAAUAAUAAUAGCUGUUUUUGUAACUAUAGUA